UUUUGUGAUAAAAAUUUUAAGUAAUCAAAUUUCAAUUUCGUACUUUAAGAAAUCAAAAUUAAACGUGUAUUAUAAAUUUUUGGUGAUUAAUAUUAAUUCUACUUUCGCUACGAUUGUACAUAAUAUAAAAUUAGCCUAAAGAGAAUAAUAGUGAAGUAAUGAUAAAAAGGUAUUUUGGAAUGAGAAAUUUUUUCAAUUAGUCAAACAAAGAAAAAAUAAUCAGGGAAGUGUUUUAAGGGGAAAUAAACCAGCUGAGUAGUGCAAUAUCAAAACAUUCGGUAAGUAGGCAUAUAAAGACAACAAAAAACAAAACGAAAAGUCAACAUUAGAACAACAAAAUUCGCACAAAAAACUGAUUUUGUUUUUUCUUCGAAAAGUCAAGCCAAUAACUUGUCAUUGAAAAUCAGUCAACUUCAACACAGUCAAAACGAUUUUUUUUUCACUUGCAUUUUUUUUUUACAUUCUUGAAUUUAAAUAGCCAAAAACUAAAAGAAUUAAUUAAUUUAAAAUAUCCAGAAAAAGUCACAAAUAAAAUUUUUUAAAAAAAAAUUUAAAAUUUUUAAAGAUAGGCUAAGGAAAAAAUAAAAUAAAUAAAACGAAAACUUUUGUGCGUAGAUUAUUGUGCAAGAAACGAUGAAUGAAAUUUACCAAUGGGGUAAAAUACCAACUUUGGCUUUAGAGAAUAUUUUUUCUUAUUUGGAUAGGAAAAGCGUCCUAACAGCUUCAUCAACAUGUUUACAUUGGAGAAGUGUAGUUUUUCAAAAGAAAUUUUUUACAAAUUUCAAAUUCAGAUUACAAAUUGAUGAUGAUAAGCAAUGUCAAUUUUUUCUACAUUGUUUAGUAAAUUUAGUCAGUGAGCUUACAAUCGUUUUUGAUUUUUUAAAUGUUUAUCACAUAGAUAAAAUCAGACGAGUUCUUUACAGAAUUGUGAAAUGUGAUCAAUUGCGAGGAAUUCGUUUUGAAACAAAUUCUGUGGGAUUGCCAGUGCCAGGUGAAAAAUACCAAGAUGAAGAUCUAGUCGAUGUUGAGAAAAUUUUUGUAGAACCAUUAAAAAUGUUAUUAUCUCGUCGCCGUUCAUCUAUUAAAAUAUUUGAUUUAGGUGCAAUAGAAUGCUUAACAUAUUAUGCAGCUGACUUUUUAAAAUUAUUAGCAAAACCGCAAGAUCUUGAAGAAAUUACAUUCGCAUCAAUUAAAUUUAAUCCUAGUUCAUCUUCUAUGCUAGCUCUGGAGCAUAUGUUCUUUGAAAAAUGUACAUCUUUGCAGAUUUUAUCUCUUGAUUAUGAUUCUGUCACUGAUGAAUUGUUAAAAACUAUUCAAAUACUUCCAUUAAAGAAGUUAUUAAUUUGUAUACAUGAAGUGGAUAGAGCACAUCCAGGUAUUUCAGAAACAGCUUGGGCCGAAUUUGCCAGUAAAUUCAAUAAAAUUGACUUGAUCUUAACACUAAUUUAUGCUUAUGAAGCCGUUGAAUUAUUACAACUAAGUAUUUUAAAACGAAGUAUGCCAGUAACUCAUUUGAGAGUUUUGUUUUGCAAUUUUAUGAAUGUUGAUGCUCUUGAUGUUAUGUCGAUGUAUUAUCAAACAACAUUAAAAAGUGUACAAUGGGUGGAUUCUGCUUAUCAAGAAACCGAUCGUAAUGUAAUGGACUUGUAUAUGAGAUCAGGACAAGACCCGUUCGUUAUGAUGUCAUGGCGCUGUAAAAAUUUGGAAGAGAUUGUUAUACACGGAUAUGUUUUAGAUCCGCACAAUUUAGUUGGAAUAUCAAGACUUUGCGGCAAAAAAUUAAAAAAGCUAGAAGUAUCUAUGUUGGAUUCAGCACCAAAUGCUAAUAUGAUGGAUUCAUUUAUUGAAGAAAUUAGUUCUCAGUUGGGUCAAAAAUGGCGACCUUUAAAUUCAUCAAAUAUACAUCCUGCACUUGGUUUUAUUCACCCUACACAUACAGCUGACGAUAUACAAAACGAGUAUAUUUUAGAUAUUAUAAGAAGAGAUUUAUCAAAUUAAGAAAAUAACAAAUCAAAAUAUUAAAAAGAAAGCGCUUGAACUUUUCAAAAUUUAUAUUUUAUAGCAACAAAUAAAAUCUUAAUAUUUUUUUUUCUUUAUUUUCGAGUAAUGAACGAUCUAAUCAGAUAUUUGUGGUCAGGGAAUUAAAAAUGUGAUUAUAAAAUUUAUUUAUUUUACUUUAUUUUUGUACAAUUAUUUACCAUCUACAAAUUAUUUUAGAAAUAAAAAAUAAUCAUGUAUAACAAAAAUUAGUCAAUAGGUUUUAAAAAAAAAUAGUAAAAACAAAGCUACUUGUAAAUUAUUAUGCGUUUAAAAUAUGGAACAUUUUUUUUUAUUAUUUGCUUAGUAAUAUGUUACAAAUUCAUAACAAUAAUUGAAAUUUUGUAAUGUAAUACUGUACAUUAUUUUUUAACUUGGGAGCCAAUUGUUAUUUAGCUGAAAAAUUAAUUAAUUAACUAUUUGAUUUUUUUUACAUUGGUUCAUAAUUUAAUAUUACAUUACAAAAAUUUCUUUGGCGCUUAAAAAAACAAAGACGAAAACCAAAUAAAUAUAAUAUGAUGGUUGGAAAAAUCUAAAAACUUCAAAAAAUUAUAAUAUAAGAAUCUAAAUUUUUUAAUUUGCCUAUAAAAAUUAAAGUAAAAUUUACAAAUUUGAUUGCGAUUUAAACAUACAUACAUAGAAACCAUUUGCGUUCGUUAACAUUAUAAAAAUUAUUUAAUAUUUUUGUUUAUGAUUAUGUAUAUCCUAUAUUUAUUUUAUGUUACUCUUAAAAUAACUCAUAAGGAGCAAAUAACCAAACAAUUUGCAAUAUUACUAUUAAAUAAUUUUUUGUUUCGUUUUUUUAAGAUUAGUAAUAUUCAAACGAGUUCAAGAAAAUGUUAAAUUAUUAAUAUACAUAAAUGAAAUGUAUAAAUAAUAAAAAGAAAAACUAUACAAAAAAAAAACAUAUUAUUAUAAAAUUAUUAAAAAUCUAAUUAAUAUAACAAGAAUAACAAAGAAAUAAAUAAACGUAUAAUUAACAGCACUGUGAUCAACAAUGAAUUAUUAAAAUUAAAAACACUUUAAUAAUAUUGAAUAAGAAUACAAGAAUAUAUUAAAAUAAAUUGCGUUUAAAAACAUUACAGAAUAAAUAAGAAUACAAAUAUCUACUAUUAAACUUAACAAAAACAAAACAAAAUAAUAAUAAAAUCUAGCGUAGGAAGAAUUAAUAUAAAGAAUUAUAAGUAAAGGAACUGAAUUUUGAAACUAGAUAAUUCCAAUUUUAAAUAAAAAAGAAAGCAUACAAAACAAACUAUAAAAAUACAUAAAAAAUUCCAUCAUGUAUAUUAUUAUAUAAUAUAUAAGACCGAUAAUCUAACGAAAAAAUUUUAAGGUAUAUACUUUUAAUAACGAUAUUAUUGUUUUUUUUUUCUUCUUCUUUUUAAAAAACUACUUCCAUCAAAAUGUGAUUUUUAAAUCAA